AAUAACAGAUACCAUCUUUAACACGCCAUAGCCAUCAAGGUAGCGUAACAGAAGUUAGCACUUCUGACACCAAUGAUGUAUAAAGUCUCCAAUGCAAUCGCCGGUUUCAUCAUUCAUUUUCAAGAGGAUCCAGCCAUAACCAAAAGAUGAACAUCGCAGAUCUGCUAAUGUUGGUGGUGACGUUUGCAAUGAUCCAGCACUCGAAUGCCUGGUUCGUUAGUCGACGAGACUGGGACAAUUUUAAGGAUGCAGCGACAAAAGCGGCUGGAGCCGUGGCAGGAGCCAAAGGAGCCGCAGCCCUAAUAGCACUCGGAAAACGAGACAUCUCAGAGUAUGACACCAACAAGGACGGAGUCCUCGACCUAGACGAACUGGAAAAAGUCAUGAGUACUCGUGACGCUGAGGAUUUUCUGCAAUUUGCUGAUGAUAACGGAGACUCCGAGGUCACUGUGGAUGAAUUUAGGCGAAUCGUAACAGAACUGAGCGAACUGGAAUAAGUAUCUCAACAACAAAGAAGAUCUUCACAGUUUCGAUCAGAUGUCGACCUAAAUAAUAAUAAAACAUUAAAGGCAUACUGUCACGGAUUUAAGGACCUUAUUUCUCUAAAAAUGGAUAA